AUGUCAAAGGAUGCCAAUAUAGUGCCUUCAGGAAUGAUAAGUGUGUCUAUUUUUGUCAAUAAAUCCCCAGUGUCUCGAAUGCACCAGAGACUCAUUCGCCACAAACGUACCAGAAGAGGAGGGCGGAGACACAAACGGAUUUGUCCGUACCAGGGGACAGCGAACUGCAACCAACAACAAAACUGUGCCGUCCAAACAGAAUCCAUCAAGGAAAAUAACAAAAAAUUAGUGAUCACUGGACACUGGAGAUGGGAUACACUCACAAAUAUCUAUACACUUUAUUUAACAACAGCACACGCCUCUACAGCAAGAACCGCAUUUACAUCUCAUCACCCAACCAUCAACGCAUAUGAAAGCCACCCGAAGAACACAGAAGAAAAAAGGCUGCACUUCUUCAUAUGGUGCCAAAUAGCGCCCCCGAAACCCAGCUCAUCAGGGAUACUGAUGCUUUGGAGAAUAGGAGGUACAGGUUCGCUAGAUGGGGACGGGGCUCCGCCCUCCACCUGGCCACACCUUGCGCUGGAUCGCGCACCGAAGAUUGCUGUGCUCCCUACGAGUAUGUGUGUGGGUGUGCCCAUAACCAAGAUGGUUGACGGUGUCUAUGUUCUUGGCCCUGCGCAUGCGCCACCGCGCGUGACACGCAGGAUCACAUGAUACUCCAUUGGAGUCGUUGUUUCCGGUUCCUCCUUGCUGGCGUGUGCUGUCUCCCUUGGCAAUGGCGUCCUCGUGGCCACUGUUGUACACUUCUUGGUGAGUGGACUCAUCUCCCCGCCCAGUUGAUGAUGAUUUUAAUAUUCACCUGUG